GGAACGUGACCUCAGGCCUCCAGCACCGUAUCAACCUCUUCCCAGAACAACCGGAAAACUUCCUGGGGCACACAUUCCAGCUGGUGGGACUGCAUUACCGACCUUACAUUGAUUUCGAAGAGUUCAAAGAGCCGGGCACCCCGGUGGCUCCUCGAGACUCCCUCAACACCCGCAUGCUCCACACCUUCGCCAAUAAUCUUAACUUCACAUACGUCUUGCGUGAGCCCCUGGAUGAGAAGUGGGGGACUCCAGCAGACGAUGGCAACUGGACAGGGAUCGUGGGCGACUUGCAGCACCAGCAGGCGGACUUCUCCCUCGACCUUACUCUCACAGAGUCAAGGAGCCGCGUCAUGGACCACUCAAGGAUCUAUAAUUACGAUCCUUAUGUUAUUUUGUCGCUAAAACCCUCAUCUCUACCGCGACACCUGGCGCUCACCAGACCCUUUAAAGGGGAAGUCUGGAUUGCGAUCAUUGUCUGUACACCUGUUAUGGGCCUCAUCCUGUGGCUGCUGCAGAAGGCGUGGUCGUGGGCGUUAUCUGAACGUGAUGUCAGCCUGGUGACCCCACUCUUCCACACUUGGGGAAUAUUACUGUCAGAGCCAAGCCCAACACUGCCCACCAAAGCCAGUGGACGGGUGCUGAUGGGGUGGUGGUUGCUGACCUGCGUGAUCAUCACAGCAGCCUACCACUCCUCCCUCAUCGCCCACCUCUCCGUCCAGAGCAAGUACCCGCCCAUUAACACCUUCCAGGAUCUCCUCAAUCGAGAUGGCUGGUCUUGGGGUAUUUAUGACUUAACAGGAACUAAUUUCUUGUACUUUAACGGAAGUUCUGACCCUGAUAUUCAAGAAAUUUAUCAACAUAUGCAAAAUAUGGAGAAUAGUGAUGCGGAAGAAUGGCUGGAGCGUGUGCUGCAUGGUGGGUUCUCCCUCCUAGAUCUCAAAACGUGGAUUCAGAUUCAAGUGGCUAAGCGCUAUACUGACAAAGACGGCAACACACCUUUUCACAUCAGCACCACCGAAUAUCCCGUUUUUGGAGGCAAUGUUUGGGGCUUCAGGCAAGUUACCUUGAAUUGUCCUUUUAUAGUACGCACAAAAAAAUAUCUUCUAGCCAUUAUUAUAAUAAACAGCCACUUGUAACUCAAUGACGGACACAUGUAUGUGCCUCAUCUGUUUACAAAUACCCAAAAUUUUACUAUGCAUCUUUAAACAAUACUUACCUCAAAGCCCCAUAUUCGGCCCAUAUUGCACCCUGCCACGGAAUGAAAUCCCUGCAACUGUUUCUCGUGGACCGAGACAACAGUAAAAAAAAAAAUAAAUAAAUAAAAUAAACACCAUCUACCUUCUUCUAGACUAAUUCCCACUGACCACCUAUAUUAAGAGAGCAGUCUUGGUUCCUUCUGUGGAAGAGAAUUAUUGAAACAGUCAAUCAAUGUGUAAUCCUAAAUACCAAGAGUUGGCUGCCCUGACACUCUACAUGAAAAAUUUCGGGUUAUCUCUACUGAUUAUCCCAGACAUUGCACCUGUCUGGGCACCCAGCUGCUCAUUUAAGUCUCUGUCUUCCCUAUCCCACCUCCUCCCAAUUUUACCCAUUUAUCCCCUCAUUCCGAAUUUAAGAUCAAAAUAUUUCAUAUUUUCUUAUUCUAU